CCUGCCAUGCUCCAAAGAUCAUUAUAUUGUCCGAUCAGCCUAAUAACUUCAGCUCAUCACAUCAAAACACGAUCAUCGCAUUGUCCACAAUGGCACGGAAGAAGUCCAAGAAGCCCGAACAAGAGACGAGUUCCUCCGAGCCCAAGCCAGAGACGAGGGCCACCAUCAAGUAUCCAUCGCUCCAUCAGGACGUCGCGAACGCAGUAUCCGACCAAAUCCCCUCGACGUGGUUCAAAAAAAAAGACAAAGGGUUCGAGGAAGAAUACUCGACGAAAGUGAUGGGAAAGUUCAAAUGCAACAACGGCGGCUGUUCUAAGGACGGCUGGGCAAGUAGGACGGUAGCUAUUGUGAUCCGACGGUAUCCUAACAAUGGGUACAACGCCACCGUAUUCAACCAGCGCUGUCAAUCCUGCAACAAAUUAGGCACCCUGACACUAAACGAGAACUCGUAUAUCGAACGAGUCGCAUAUAGGCUGAAGAAAUGGGCUGGCGUUCCGAUGGAGACGCGGCCGUAUGAUGGGAGUGGAGGCCCGCCGCAUAUAAGUGAGCUCUGCGAGGGUUGUAAACGAGGUUAUUGUCAGGAGGCCUUCCGCCGAAGGCCAAUACACGGACCAUACGGGGUUUAAUAUGUUUAAGGCCACGUCUCUACAAGGAAGAGUCGGAUUUAUCGCUCGAGCUACAGGACGCCUCGAUAUUCUGGGUGCCCUAGUUUUGGACUGAACCUGGCCGGGGGGCGGGGGUAAAUACACUGACCUGUAUCUAGCCGGUUCUCCUAAGCAUUUAUCCACG